AAAUUUCGGUCAAGGAAUUUUUAUUGAAAAAUAAUAUAUAAUAUAAAUGAAGCAGAUUUUUUAAUCAAAUUUAUAAACGGAAUCUAUAACCCGUAACCAGAGAAUGUAGAUUAUAUUAUAUUUUAUUCUCUGCCGUAACUGUAAAAUGGUUGUUAUAAUUAUCUUUUCCAAGAAUGGGUAAUAGCUAAAAUUCUGUUUAACUGACACCCUGCUAAUAAACAGCUGUUUUUGACAAGCGGUUAUUCAAUAGCCCUUGUGGUGGUCACCAGCUUAGUUGUUAUAAAUCUUAUUUAAAAUAUAAUUUUUAACUCAUUCUGAAAUAAAAUUGUAAAUAAUUAUAUUCAUUAAAAAAUGUUGACAUUGCGUACGCUGCUGCGAAGUAGUCGUUCACUAGUGACAAUUGGUCAACAUAGUGUAAAAAGUGUCACAACUUCAAAAGUUAAUUUUAUUGGACGUCUUUUGGGCCCAAUUUGCUGUUCGAAAACUCCCCAACACACAGUUGAUGCGCAACAAUAUCGAUUGUAUACUUCCAGGACAAGCUCUGCAACCAAUCCCAAUGAAGUGGAAGAUAUACGCGUUUAUUAUGGCGCUUUGGCGCCGAGGAUGAAAGCUGUAAAAAUAUUUUCUCUUACCACCAGCUUAGCAGGUUUGGCCGCACAACCGAUACUAUUAGAGCAAGGCUUGAAUAUGGGAGGCAAACCGAUGGCGGUAUUUCUGUGUGGUUUUGCUGGUUUCUUCACAUUCGUGACACCACUUCUAUUGCAUUUUAUCACGAAAAAGUAUGUUACCGAAAUUCAUUAUAACCCAAAAUCGGAGGAAUAUACGGCAACAACAAUAUCACUUUUACUAUUUAAGAUUAAGACUAAAUUCAAGCCAGAUGACGUUAAGGUUCCUGAAGUUCCUGGCAUGUUUACAUCAUUUCUAGUGCGUAAUAAACCUCUGUUCGUUGAUCCUGCCUUGUUCGAUGACCCUGAUCACUAUGCACGUAUUAUGGGAUAUGACAAACCAGUGAACUUUAAAUUAGAUUUUACAGAAAGUUCAACUAAACCUGACAAAACGAAUAAGAAAGUUCAGUGAAUUUGUUGUGCAAUAAAUUAAAUGACAGACUAUU